AACGUGCUUGUAGAAUAGCAAAUCACGCGUCACGUUAUGAUGGCCUGUCCCGUGUCACGCGGCUAAUUUGGUCUCAAUCACGCUGCUAAUUUUGGAGCAAUCACUCAUCACGCAAAAACCCUUUUCAACCCUCUCCCGUGAAUAUUUCUACGUAGUAAUCAGCCUUGCUUCAUUGUUAUCUCUGUAUUUAGUAGGCACCGUAUAACGUUGAACAAAACUGUUCGUCGAGCAGACCGCGCUGAUGAAAUGGCAUAAACUGAACCGCUCCCCCAGCCCCACCCCUUCAAAGAUAAACGCUUGUCAAUUUCGUGAAUGAUACAUGUAGAGAGUGAUGGUAGACCGCACGCGCCCGCACUACAUCGAGAGAGUCGUGAAACAAUCAUUGAAAAUGGCGGCUUUUCAAACUCAUUCGCAACAACUAAACAGCAAUCCUAUCGUAAACACCAGCCCUUUGAAAAACUCUGGCCCAUCUGCCAUACCUCCGAUACCUAACUUUCCAUCUCCGCAACAAAACAGUACUAACGUGGGGACAAAGCGAAAAGAAACUGGCACUCCACAUAAUGACAUACCCUACAAGAAAUCACCGGCUUGGCUGUCUGGUCGAGAGUUAUUUUGCGAAACCUGCAACGUAGAAUUGAAUUCAAUCAGUCAAGCUAUACAGCACAGACAAGGGAAAGUCCAUCUGAACAAAGUUAAGAAAGUGGAAAAAUUUAGAAUGCUGUUUCAGACUUCCGACGGACAUGACGUGACCUGCAGUGCUCCCGUUCAACCUCAAGUAGCUCCUAAUCCUCCACCAGUAAUGCCUUCAGUAGAACAACCAAGACAGCUUGGCAAAGUAAAUUUACAGUGAGAUGUCUGCCAAAAAUUAUUCAACUCAGAAACACAAACUGUGCAACAUUUUCAAGGUCAAAAGCACAAACAGAAAUUGCAGAGUGUGGGAGUGAGUCACACAGAAUUGCAGGUGUCAACAACAGAAUCUAAUGCAUCACUUAAUCAUCGACAAGACGGAACUUGCUCAGUUGCUGCAACUGAAAAUGGAACAAUACCUUUGUCAUCGGCAAAUGGCUCUGAAAGCGAGGGACUGUACUGUGAGCAGUGUGGCUUAACAGUGAACUCCAAGAUUCAAAUGGCCACUCAUCUCCAAGGAGCAAAACACAAAAACACUGUUGCUAGUAAAAGACUCCAAGUGGGUCAAUCUCGACCUGUGUUGCAGUGUGAUGAUUGCAGGACAACCUUCAAUUCGCAGAUGCAGUUGACACAGCAUUUAACAAGUUCAAAGCAUAUUAAGAAAGUACAAAAGAAACAAACAACCCAUGUACAGUUUAGAGGCCAGGAAAGAGGGCAUGGACGAGGUCGGGGCAGAGCUAGAGGAGGUAAUAUUAAAAGACCAAGAUCUAAUAACCUUAUUAUUAGUAGCCAGUCAGCUGUGUUCUAUUGGAAAUCUGCGAGUCUGAUUGGUUCUCUCAUUGUUUUUUUUUUUAUUUAACGAUUAGAUUAUGAGCUUGAGAUUUCUAUUGCGUGAUAGUUGAUGAGGGUCCAACCCGAGUCAGUUAUCAUGCACAGAAAUCAAGAGUGAAUAAUCUAAUUGUUUUAAUAUAGAUCUAGUA